AAACAAGGUGUCAAAUUGUCCGUCAUCAUCAACAGAAGUCUGUUUGUUGUUUUUUUAUUAUUUAUUAAAUUCACGUAGAAUGUUAAUACUAAUAAAUAAUAUUUAAAACCUAUAAGCCAUAAUGUUCGACAUAACUGUUUUAUGUCGCGGCUGUAUGAAGGACAAUGUAAGUUUAGUGAACUUAUAUGAAACAGUUCAAGUUGAGGAGGACAGCCUUCAAUUAGCUGAAUUAUUAGUGCAGUGUACUCCAGCAGAGGUCUCCAAGGAGGAUGGGUUACCACAGAACCUUUGUGAUGAUUGUGUCAAGGUGUUACAAGUUGCAUACACCUUCCGUUCACAGGUGAUAAAGUCCCAAGAAGAGUUAAAAAAGAUUCUUCAAACAAAUAUAAAAACAGAACCACUAGAUGUUAGUCUUAAGACCGAAGAUAAUGUACCAGAUUAUUUUGAUACAUUUGAUGAUUUCAAUUUUGAUCAUGAUAUCUCAAAAACAGAGCUUGAAAGUAUAAUUUAUACAUGUAAUAAAUGCAGUAAACAAUUUACUAAACACAAUAAAUAUUUAAAACAUUUAGCAGCUCAUGAGAAUUUAUCCUUAGAGUGUAGUAUUUGUAGAAAAUUAUUUGGGAAUCAGGCACUUUUAGAUAAGCAUAAAGCUAAGCACGAGAAAACAAUGUGUUUGAUUUGUAAUAAACAAUUUGAGAAGGAAACAAAGUUACUGGAACAUAUGGUGGAGCACACGGAAGGAUUUGAUAUAAAAGUUGAAGGUGAGGUGCGAGUGAACAUGUUACGAUGUAAUGAAUGUAAUAUAACAUUUACAAAAGCAAGAUCAUUAGCAAGCCAUAUGAAAAAGCAUAAAAACAAGGAUAAGCAGACAGAAUUUGUAUGUGAUAAUUGUGGUAAAACAUUUCUCAAAAAGUGUAUAUUAAAAAGACACUUGUCUAUGCAUGAAAAGAAGCACAAAUGUGAUGAGUGUCCGAAAUCAUUUGGGAGACGAGAUCAGCUGGUGGCUCAUACAUAUAGUCAUAAAGAUAAGAAGCCGUAUGUAUGUUCCUACUGUAAGAAAGGUUUCUCCCAAAUGUGCAACCUUAAGGACCAUGUCCGCACCCAUACGAAGGAGACUCCGUACUUGUGUUCAGAGUGUGGGAAAGGCUUCGCUAACAACUCCAAUCUCCGCCAGCAUAUGAUGAGACAUACUGGAAUUAAACCGUUUGCCUGUAACCAGUGUCCUAAAACAUUUUGUACUAAAGGUCAGAUGACGUCGCAUUUGACGACGCACACGGACGCGCACCCAUACAAGUGCGCCGAGUGUGGCGCCACCUUUACCAAACAGAACUCGCUGAAGAAACAUUCCCUUAUACAUCUCGCUGUACGACCGUUUGCCUGCGAAACUUGUAAUAUGAGGUUUACAUGCAAAGACCACUUGAAGCGUCACAACAGGAUACACACGGGCGAGAAGCCUUACAAGUGUAACUACUGCGAGCGAGCCUUCUCCCAGAGCAACGACCUGGUCAAGCAUACUCGCCAACAUGUUGGACAGAAUAUUUACCAAUGCACAAUAUGCAGCGCAAGGUUCCGUCUAGUAUCUGAACUGAAACACCACUACCCAGUCCACUUCGCGAACGGUAAGAGUGAGGGGGAACAAAAUAACCCCAAAAGUGACCCCAAAGACCCCACAACGACCCCAGCCGACGACAAAUUCUCCAAAGAACUAAGCUUGCUAGAAAUGAAAACACAAACAGAUUACAACGGACUUAUGAACUUUAAGGAUGAAAAAGAAUUGCCACAAUUAAAACCACAAGAGCUUCCGAUUUUAACUCUUAAACCACCUGAGAAUAAGGACGAUAAUAACGUAAUAGAUUCAAAUAAAAUCGUAAUUACUAUAAACGAAGAUACGAACGGUAUUGUCAACGGAAUCACAAUUAAGCUGCCCAAAGAAAGCUGAGUUAAAAGGUUUGUGAUUUAGAAUCUUAGUGCAACGUUAUAAAGUUCAUUUUCUCACUGUCAUUUUUUAUUGAAGAUGUUUUUAUUAAAUGUAGUUGAUAAAGCAUCUUAUACUGUGAGUGAAUAGAGUUCA